GCACGCCCUCUGGCCGCGACGCCAGGCCGAGCCGCACCCUCGGCUAGCCGCGGUCCUCCCGUUCCUCCGCCGCCGCCGCCACCCGGAUCCUCCGCAGCAUCCCGUCCCGACCCGGGUCACCGCCGCCUUGGGGCUCACCAUCCUGUCACCAGGGUUCCGUUCGAUCCGCCGCACGAACGCCGCCGCCCUCUUUCUCCGGCUCCUCGGCGACCCGCCCACCUCUUCCGCCACCAAUGAGACGCGGAGUUUGCGAGAGACUACCCUACGGGAGCCCUAUUUGGGAAAGCAAUACAAACUCUAUCACGAGUGAGCGAUGAACUGUGGCUAGACCCAUCUGAGAAAGGUCUUGCUCUGAGAUCUGUGAAUUCUUGUCAUUCCACAUAUGGCUAUGUCCUGUUCUCGUCAAUGUUUUUUCAACAUUAUCAAUGGUCACCUUCAGCCACGAUGAGUGAUGAUGACUUACCACUGAAUUUAAAUUGCAAGUUGGCAAUGAAGUCAAUCCUGCCAAUCUUUAGAUGUCUGAAUUACCUUGAAAGAAGUGUAGAGAAGUGCACAAUGGUCACUAGAGCGGAUAAAUGCAGAGUCGUCAUUCAGUUCUUCGGCAGGCAUGGUAUUAAAAGAACUCACAAUGUGUAUUUCCAAGACAGUCAGCCCUUGAAAAUUGUCUUUGAAAAGAGCUUGUGUGCCAAUAUCCUGAUGAUUAAACCAAGACUGCUGGCUGAGGCCAUUGCUCUUCUAACGUCAAAUCAAGAAGAAGUCACCUUCUCUGUUACUCCAGGGAACUUUUGCCUCAAGAGUUCCAGUGAGGAAUCACUGGACUUCACCAGCUCUGUGUACAGUGAGAUGUCUUUUGGGCCAGAAGACUUUGACUUCUUUCAGGUUGGACUUGACACUGAGAUAACAUUUUGCUUUAAAGAACUGAAGGGGAUCCUCACCUUCUCAGAAGUGAUGCGUGUACCCCUAGCCAUCUACUUUGACUUCCCUGGAAAACCGGUUGUUUUGAGUGUUGACGACAUGCUCUUGGAGGCAAACUUUAUCUUGGCCACGUUGGUGGAUUAUCCAAGUAAAACAUCUUCACCACGGUCACUGCCCCUUUCCCAGGCACGAAGGUCAGAUCCCACACAGUCCCAUGUGCAGGAGGGUAAAAGCCGAGUUAGCCAGACCCCAGAGAGCAUCUCUCGAGCAGCACCCAAAAGGCUGUUUCCCAAGGAUGAUCCUGACAGCAGCUCUGCAGCAGAGACCAAGAGGGCCAGUGCCAGCCAGGAUGGCAUCUGUGAAGUGCCUGAAAGUGUUGUCAGCGACAUGGAGGAAGGGCCAAGCCCUUCACACCUCAGAAAGUUUUCCUGCAUGUUCUUUGGAGCUGUAUCUUGUGAACAGCAAGAGCAUGCCGGCCACCCCUUGGACAGCCUAGCAAUAGCAAGUGACAGUGAAGAGGACAUGAGUGGAUGAGUGUCGAUGCUAAUGCUCAGUGAUAGCCACACUGGGCGCUUGGCUCCCUGAAGGCCAAGUGGAAAUAUAACAGACAGUCCCAGGAUGCCCCGGAGUCAGUGUCUCUGCUCUUGCCAGUAUUGCUAAAAAUCCAUGUGCCACCUGGGAGACGGAGCUGGCAGUACAGGAAUGAGCCAUCAGGGCUUAGAUACCGUUUACCCUGCAGCCUUGACAUGUCCUGUGCUGGUCCCUAAGGCAGACUUUCCUCAGCACUGGGGUGAGGUGGAGCCUCUGUACCUGACUGCAGACAGCAGGCAUUCCAGCUUGUGCAAUGACCUGACAGGUUUUUUGUUUGUUUGUUUGUUUUUUCGAGACAGGGUUUCUCUUGUAUAGCCCUGGCUGUCCUGGAACUCACUCUGUAGACCAGGCUGGCCUCGAACUCAGAAAUCCACCUGCCUCUGCCUUCCAAGUGCUGGGAUUAAAGGCGUGUGCCACCACCGCCCCGUGACCUGACAGGUUUUGUUCAUCUUUUUGGUUUUUUUUCAGUAGAGAAAUGGUUCUGAAUAAACAAACAUAUAGUUCCCUUCCC